CAGGAGUUUGUAUCCGCCUGCCACUCUGACACUUUCUAUAAACGAGAGCAACUGCAGUGGCAGCGAUGGAGAAAAUAGAUUUGCCGCCUUUGGGGCCGGCUGACCUCCCUCUGUCGCUGCUGGAGAUGGGCUGCUCAGGGCGGUUUGAGCUGAUCUCUCAGCCAAUCGCGUGCGGCCAGCCUCUACACCCACAGAGCACCCUCCCCCACGGUCUGCCUCCGAUCAGUCCAGACCUGCGCAUGGAGGUGGAAAAACGUUUCCUGCGCGACCCAGAAUGGCUUCCCAUACACGACACCGACUCUGCCUUCCACAAGUUUUUAAAGCUGGCUCAGAGGGACAGACAGGUGGACUCUCUGCUGCACUGUACCGCCUCUCCCCUGCACUCUGGCCUGUCUGUGGUGCGGGACCCCACCACUGGGAUGCUGCUGGACUUCACAGAGGUGCUGUUGGAGGACACAGGCCUGUCCGCGAAGAACUCGCUGUCCCUGCAGCGCCCCCCCGGGCCCCCCUCCGAAAGCCUCCGGGGGAGCAACACCAACUACCCCUUUCUGCCAGGAGGGAUGGAGGAGCUGACUCUGGAGCAGAUUAAGAAGAAGACUGAGGCGGAGGAAGACAUCGACUUUGAGAAAGGUUUACUCACAGUGGCCCCAGGGCUAAAGGCUGGGAUGGACUUCAGUGACAGAGAUACCAAAACCUCAGCGGGAGAGGUCAACCUGCUGUCCCUCCUCUCCAAUUUUGAUGACAUCAUUGACACUCGCCCUGAGGGAGAGGGAGGGGAGGGAGGGAAGAAGUCAGGUGACGUGCCUAAAAUACCCCGUUCCAACAGCCUGGAAGACUUGGGGAUCAAGGAGUCUGCGCCCCCUCCUUCAACCGCAGCUGUCUCGUCGGCCGGGCUGAGCGAGGGAGGGAAGGGGAAGGAGGGAGAACAGGAGGCAGAGAAGAAGAGGUGGGCCAUUCCUGUGGACAUCAGCUCUCCCUGCGACGACUUCUACAAGCGCAUUCCCGAGCCGGCCUUCAAGUGGCCAUUUGAGCUGGACGGCUUUCAGAAGCAGGCAGUGUUGAGGCUGGAGGCUCAUGACUCUGUUUUUGUUGCGGCUCACACCUCCGCCGGCAAGACUGUGGUGGCUGAGUACGCCAUCGCUCUCUCCCAGAAGCACAUGACCAGGACGAUCUACACCUCUCCCAUCAAGGCGCUGUCCAAUCAGAAGUUCAGGGACUUUAAGAACACCUUUGGGGACGUGGGGCUGUUGACCGGGGAUGUGCAGCUCAAUCCAGAGGCCUCCUGCCUCAUCAUGACCACUGAGAUCCUCAGGUCCAUGCUGUACAAUGGCUCCGAGGUCAUUCGGGAUUUGGAGUGGGUGAUCUUCGACGAGGUGCACUACAUCAACGACGCAGAGAGGGGUGUGGUUUGGGAGGAGGUGCUGAUUAUGCUUCCUGAUCAUGUCAGUAUCAUCCUGCUCAGCGCCACGGUGCCCAACGCCCUGGAGUUCAGCGAGUGGAUAGGGCGCAUAAAGAAGAGGCCCAUCUACGUGAUCAGCACCGUGAAGAGGCCGGUCCCACUGGAACACUACCUCUACACCGGCAACAGCACCAAGACCCAGAAAGAGCUCUUCCUUCUGGUCGACGCUGCCGGAAACUUCCUGACCAAAGGGUACUAUGCGGCUGUGGAGGCUAAGAAGGAGCGCACCAGCAAACACGCCCAGUCUUUCGGAGCCAAGGGAUCCUCCCAGAGCACCACAGCCACACAGGACCGGGCGGUGUGGUUGGCCCUCCUGCACUUCCUGUCUCAGCGGCAGCAGACUCCGGUGGUGGCCUUCACCUUCUCGCGCUCCCGCUGCGAUGACAACGCCCGCUCGCUGUCCUCCAUGGACCUCACCAACUCCGUGGAGAAGAGCGAGAUCCACUCCUUCUUCCAGAAGAGCCUGAGCCGCCUCCGAGGCGGAGACCGCCAGCUGCCUCAGAUCCUGCUGAUGAGGGACCUGCUGAAGAGGGGCAUCGCUGUGCACCACAGCGGCAUCCUGCCCAUCCUCAAGGAGGUCAUCGAGAUGCUCUUCUCCCGAGGACUGGUGAAGGUCUUGUUUGCCACAGAGACGUUCGCCAUGGGCGUGAACAUGCCUGCGAGGACGGUGGUGUUCGACAGCAUCCGAAAACACGAUGGGACGGGCUUCAGAAACCUGCUGCCUGGGGAGUACAUCCAGAUGGCCGGCCGGGCAGGGCGGAGGGGCCUGGACGCCACGGGAACCGUCAUUAUCCUCUGCAAGUCGGGCGUGCACGACAUGGGCGAACUCCACGUCAUGAUGCUGGGGAAGCCCACGGUGCUGCAGUCCCAGUUCAGACUCACCUACACCAUGAUCCUGAACCUGCUGCGCGUGGAGGCCCUGCAGGUCACCGACAUGAUGAGGAGGAGCUUUUCAGAGAGCCACAGAGACACUCAGGCCCAUGAGCGGCGGAUCACCCAGCUGAAGCAGCAGCUUGCCUCCCUCCCUCCUUUCGAUACUGAGGGUCAGCUGGCUGACAUCCUGCCCUACUACCACACCCUGACUGAGCUGCGCAUUACCACCGAGGGCCUACAGAGGGCUGUGCUGGAGUCAGUCAGUGGGCUGAAGGCUCUGUCUGUGGGCCGCGUGGUGGUGGUGAACAAUGCUCAGCACUGCAACGCCCUGGGAGUCAUUCUGCAGGUAUCCAGUGAUUCAGUGAACCGCACCUUCACUGCUCUCAUCCUGUGUGAGAAAGGGAAUGAGGAAAUGGGGGCGGAGCCACCCAAAGCCAGGCCCCUCCCUCACCUGCACAGCACUGCCCUCUUCAUACCUGAGGGCCCCUGCAGUCACACGGUGCAGAAGCUGAAGCUGCAGGAUAUUUCUGCCAUCACUGUGAAAACCCUGAAAGUCAUUCCAGAGCGGAUCAUCGACAACUACAACAAGCGGCAGCAGCCUCGCUUCAGGCUCGACCCUCCAGGGCAGGCCAUCUCCACGGCAACGCAAGAGCUCCUCCGAUUGGCCGAGGCGAACCCUGAAGGUGUGCCGACCCUCGACCCUGUGAAUGACCUCCAGCUGAAAGCGGUGGAGGUGGUGGAGGGGUCUCUGCGGGUGCGAGCUUUGCAGGAGAGUCUGAAAGACUUCGGCUGCGUCCACUGCCCCACUUUCUCUGAGCAGUUCAUACGCGUGCAGGAGAGGAUGACGGUCCAGGAGGAGCUGGACAAGCUGCUGUUCCUGGUCUCAGAUCAGUCUCUAUCCCUGCUUCCUGAGUACCACCAGAGGAUCAAGGUUCUCCAGCACCUGAACUACGUGGACAGCAGUGGGGCGGUGCAGCUGAAAGGGCGGGUGGCAUGUCAGAUCAGUAGCCACGAGCUGCUGCUCACCGAGCUGCUGUUUGAGAACACCCUGAGCCCGCUCGCCCCCGAGGAGAGCGCCGCCCUGCUGUCCUGCCUGGUGUUUACACAGAACACGCAGACCGUGCCCCACAUCACCAGCACCCUGCAGGAGAGUAUCGAUCGAGUCCUCAGCUUGGCACAGAGAAUCGGCGAGCUGCAGAAGGAUUGUGGGAUUUCACAGACGGCGGAAGACUUCGUGGCCCAGUUCAAGUUCGGGCUGACUGAGGUGGUUUACUGCUGGGCGCGAGGCAUGCCCUUCUCUGAGAUCGCGCAGCUGACGGACGUGCAGGAGGGCACGGUGGUGCGCUGUAUCCAGCGUUUGGACGAGGUUCUGCGGGAGGUGCGGCAGGCGGCCCGCAUUGUGGGGGACUCCGUCCUGGGCAGCAAGAUGGAGAGGGCCUCCCUGGCCAUCCGGCGGGACAUCGUGUUCACCGCCUCCCUCUACACCCACUGAGACAGGGGGAGAGGGAGAGAGAGUGAGACCGAGUGAUUGAGAGUGAGAGUGAGAGUGAGAGUGAGAGUGCGUCAGACAGCGUGUUAGUGUGUCAGUGUGAGUGCACCAGAUAGAGUGAGGAUGUGUUUGUGGGAGAGAGAGAUGCAGAUAGGGAAAG